UAAUGACAUUUUAGAUAUUACCUAGAAUGACAUGCAUUGGUAACUGUUAUAUUAAUCACCGAUGUGUAAAAUGAUUAGAUAACAUUUUUCUCAAGACCAAAGAGACUAACGGGAACUAUUGACAUUGACACACUUUAAGGUUUAUUUAAAUGUACAUUAAUUAUUUCGAAUAGUACUGUUACUUGCAUUAUUAAGAUGGAAAAUAAGGAAUUUAUAGUAAAAACUGUAAUCCAUGCAGGAACAAGACCAUGCAAUUUUGUACCUGGAACAAAAGUUGUUUUUCACUUUAAAACAACAAAAUGCAAUUCAGAGAAAACCGUAAUAGAUGAUAGCAGGGUUAUGGGAAAGCCGAUGGAGCUUGUUUUAGGCAAGCAGUUUAAGCUUGAAGUAUGGGAAGCUAUUGUACAAAAGAUGGCAUUACAUGAAGUGGCAUGUUUCAGGGUUCAUAAAAGCCUAGUCACAUCAUAUCCUUUUGUGUCUAAAACUCUCAGGGAAGUUGGAAAGCCACAUUCAGAGAAACGUGCCCACCAUUGCUGUGGUGUCACUUUACAAAACGAAGGAAUUGGAUAUGAUGAUUUAAACGAACUCAUUAGGUGUCCACAAGAUUUAGAGUUUACAAUUGAACUUGUUCAAGUAAUUUUACCAGAAGAAUAUGAAAAAGAAUCAUGGCAAAUGACUGAAGAUGAGAAACUGAAGAGUAUUCCAGACAUAAGAGAGAAAGGGAACAUGUUGUUUAAAGAGAAAAAUUACGAAGGUGCUUGCAAUGUCUAUGCAAAAGGCAUUGGAAUAUUAGAACAACUUAUGCUCGCCGAGAAACCAAAUGACGAAGAGUGGUUAGCACUGAAUCGAUUAAAAAUUCCAUUGCUAUUGAACUAUGCGCAAUGUAAACUAAUUCAAAAAGAGUAUUACGUAGUUAUAGAACAUUGUACCACAGUUCUUAAACACGAUCCAGAUAACGUAAAAGCAUUAUAUAGAAGAGGCAAGGCAUACAUAGGUGCCUGGGAUGAAGAAAAAGCUAUUAAAGAUUUUAAAAGAGCUGCCGAAUUAGAUCCUGGAUUACAGAAUACAGUUGAAAAGGAGCUGCAUGCAUUUUCUAUAGCCAUCAAAGAAAAAGAUCAAAUAGAAAAGAAUAAGCUAUUGAAAUUAUUUAAAUGAACAAAUACGCGUG